AUGGCCGAAUACCUGACGAGGACUUGUGGCGAACCGCUGUGGAUAAAUUCGAAUUGUAAUCACCACCAGCAGCCGACGACGACUGUGACUUGCGCUGACCGCGAUUUUGACAAGUUCGAAUUCAGGGGCGGUCAACUGAUAGUGGGUUGCAAGUGCACUAGGCACGAUGGCAUGCAACACGAAUGUCGGCGAACCGGAUGCAUGGGCCAGCCACAGUGUCUGACGUAUCCGGUGGCCACGUGCGGGCCCAGCAAUCCGUGUUCACGACCUGAUGUCGGUGCGAAAGCGAAGAAGUCGCCGCCGCUACUACCGACAGCCGCCAACAAGCCGCUGCACGAACGUAAGGUGGCGACAAAGAAAUCCGCUGUACCGAUACCGAUCACCGUUGACGAACGUGAUCGUCGUCGAGCUGCCAAUCGCAAAAUGCUGCGGUGGGCCGUCGCCCAGUACGACGACAGGCCGAUGCUCAGGAAGUUAUUCGUUCCGUGCCGGUUUCACGCUUAUUGUAAAAAGGCUAUUAAAUCAAAGAAGAUCCGCGGGCCAAAUGCACCGGGCAAGGCGGCUAAUAGUAACACGCAACGUCGGAAUCAAAAAAUAGAUUGUACAAUAAUACAAAUUUAAUGUAAUAACGAAUAAAAUAAAAUUCACGAAUAUUACG